CGGCAUCUACUAUGUGCGCCUCGGGGAGAAUCUAAAAAGUCCUCGUAAUACUCUUAAAAAAAACGACCAAAAUGUUUGCAAAUAACGCAAAUAUUCCUAAUAUAAAACACGAGAAAACACUCAUCCAGAUCAUCUAAAAAAAUUUCCAAUUUACACUACAAGUUUUCACUCUCAAGUUCACAAUGGCUUUGGUGCCUUUCCAAAGAUCCAAUUCCUAUAUUAGAUCAUCAUCAUCAUCAUCUUCGUCUUCUCAUCCUGUUCAAUGGACAUACGAUGUGUUUUUGAGCUUCAGAGGCGAAGACACUCGCGACAAUUUCCUCAGUCAUCUCUAUAAAGAGUUGAAUCGAAAGGGAAUCAACACCUUCAUAGACGAUAAAGAGCUCCAAAGAGGGAAAAAAAAUUCGCCAGAACUCCUCAAAGCUAUUGACGAAUCAAUGUUUUCGAUUGUCAUCAUAUCGGAAAACUAUGCUUCGUCAAGUUGGUGCUUGGAUGAACUUGUGAGGAUACGUGAAUGCAAUGAUGCGAGGGGGCAAAUCGUUUAUCCAGUUUUUUACCGUGUGGAUCCAUCGGAAGUGCGAAAACAAAAGGGGAAUUUUGGGAAACGAUUUGAUGAAUUGGUUUCUAAGCUUGAGAUGGAGAUGGAGAUGGAGAAGGUUCAGAGUUGGAAGAAAGCUUUGAAGGAAGUAGGCAAUUUAGCAGGUUUCACUUUCCCAAAUCCAGCAAUUGGGUCUGAAUCAAAGCUUAUCGAAGAAAUUGUUGAGAAAAUUUUUGAUUAUUUAAAUGUGUAUUCAAGUGUUGAUGAAGGCCUAGUUGGAAUGGAUUCUCAUAUGGAGGAAUUGAUAAAAUUGCUAGGUUUAGGGAAUGAUGAUGCUCGUAUCGUUGGGAUAUGGGGAAUGGGUGGAAUAGGUAAGACAACUAUUGCUCAAGUUGUUUAUGACCGUAUCUCUUGGCAAUUUGAUGGUUGCUGCUUCAUUGAGAAUGUUAGAGCUGUUUCAAAAGAACGUAGUAUAACGUUUCUUCAAGAACAACUCGUUUCUAAAAUCUUGAUAGAGAAAGAUCGAAAAGUAAGCAGCAUCAGUAGUGGAAAAAGUAUGAUAAAGAGGAUUAUAAGUCGUAAAAAGGUUCUCAUUGUUCUUGAUGACGUGGAUGAAUCGAUAGACUUGGAAAACCUGCUUGGAGAGCAUGAUUGGUUCAGUUCUGGAAGUAAAAUCAUUAUAACAACUAGAGAUUUGCAUGUGUUAAACACAUGUGGCGCAACACAUACAUAUAAGGUUCAUGAAUUAAAAAAAGAUGAAGCUGUUAAACUCCUUAUAUCAAAAGCCUUUAGAAAAGACAAGCAAAUAGGAGGUUAUGGAAACCUCCUAGAUCGUGCAGUGGAGUACUGUAAAGGAGUUCCUUUAGCUCUCAAAGUUUUGGGUUCUUUUCUUCAUGAUCGAAAAGAAAUUUACUGGGAAAGUGCUUUAAAAAGAUUAGAACGAAGUCCUCUUCCAGGAGUUGAAGAAGUACUCAAAAUAAGUUACGAUGCAUUGGGUUGGGAAGAUAAGGAAAUAUUCCUAGAUAUUGCAUUUUUUUUCAAACAGAAAUACAUAAAUGAUGUAACAAAAAUCCUAGAAAGUUUUGGCUUCCAACCCACUAUCGCAAUAGAGCUUCUAGUUGAAAAGUCACUGAUAAUUAUUUCACACGGUAGGCUGUUUAUGCAUGAUUUGAUACAAGAAAUGGGGAGAAAUAUUGUUCGCCAAGAAUCACCUAAAGAGCCUGGACAACGCAGUAGGUUGUGGCUUUAUGAAGAUAUAAAACACGUACUGAUGAAUGAUACGGGAACAGAAAAGCUGGAAGGCAUAGUUAUGAAGUAUCCUGACCUAGGAAAUCGUGAUCCAAAGGAUUUUGGGUUUCCAGAAGAGUUGAAGUUGAGAGGUAAAGCUUUUGCAAAGAUGAGGAGCCUAAGAAUUCUCAUAAUUCAUUGUUUUCUCCGUUCUAUAGACCUCAAAUUUCUUCCUAACAAUUUAAGGUAUCUUGAUUGGCGUGGAUACCCUUUGAGAUGUUUGCCUUCAGAAUUUCGACCAAUGUGUCUUGUUGAACUUCACAUAACUUUUAGCAACAUUGAACAACUAUGGAUGGGAACAGAGCAACAGGUUCUAUACAACUUAAGGACCAUGAAUCUCAGUUACUCAGAAUCUCUAACCAUGACCCCAGAGUUCGAAAAGUUUCCAAAUCUUGAAAGCCUAUAUCUUGAAGGUUGUACAAAUUUGGUUAAUCUUCAUCCAUCCAUUGGAUCUCUCAGAAGGCUUGUUCGCAUCGAGUUGAGUGGCUGCGUAAAUCUUGAGAGUCUUCCAAGUGGCAAUCAAUUGGAGUCUCUUCAAACUAUUUAUGCAUGUGGGUGUUUAAAACUAAACAUGUUGGGAAGCUUUGAACAUACCAAAUGUUUACAAAGGCUUGCAUUAGUCGGGUCCAGUAUAUCUGAACUGCCAUUACCAGUUGGACAUCUUACCAAUCUUAAAAGCUUGGAUCUGGGACGUUGUAAAAACUUGACAAGUAUUCCAAACAACAUUGGUCAGUUAAAAGCUCUUAAAAGUUUAAUGCUCCGUGGGUGCUCAAAACUUGAGAAACUGCCUGAAGAAGUUGGUGAUCUAGUCAGUUUAGAGAAACUUAAUGCAGACUAUACAAGGAUUACACAACUCCCGUCUUCAAUUUGUCGGCUCCGCUAUUUGACAGUAUUAGAUCUAGAGGGAAACGAUUUUGAAAGUUUACCUUCAAGCAUGAGCCAACUUAAAUUGCUGGAGGAGAUAUAUUUGUCCAAUUGCAAAAUGCUUCAAGAAUUGCCAGAGCUUUCUUCAGACAUUAGUGUUAUAGUGGCACGUCAUUGCAAAUCAUUAAGAAAAAUAGCGAGUCCAUUCUUAUACAAAGACAUUGAAAUAUUUGAUUUUUUGAAUUGCUUCAAAUUGGUUGAAAAUAAGGAAAGCAAUGUCCUAACAGAUGAAUUCAUUUCAAAUCUAUUUCAGGUACUCUCUCUCUCUCUCUCUCUCUCUCUCUCUCUCUGGUUUAAGCACAAUACAUUGUGACCAAUCUUCGUUGUA